AGAGCAUGGAGUUCACAGAACUGGAGUUCGUUGAGAUCACCAUCAUCGUGGUGGUGGUGAUGGUGAUGGUGGUGGUGAUCACGUGCCUGCUGAGCCACUACAAGCUGUCCGCGCGCUCCUUCAUCGGCCGGCACGGCCAGGGCAGGAGGAGAGAAGACGCCCUCUCCUCGGAAGGAUGCCUCUGGCCCUCGGAGAGCACCGUGUCGGGCAACGGAAUCCCAGAGCCGCAGGUCUAUGCUCCUCCGAGGCCCACCGACCGCCUGGCCGUGCCCCCCUUCACCCAGCGGGACCGCUGCCUCCGCUUCCAGCCCACCUACCCGUACCUGCAGCACGAGAUCGACCUGCCGCCCACCAUCUCGCUGUCGGACGGGGAGGAGCCCCCGCCCUACCAGGGCCCCUGCACCCUCCAGCUGCGAGACCCCGAGCAGCAGCUGGAGCUGAACCGGGAGUCCGUGCGCGCGCCCCCGAACAGAACCAUCUUCGACAGCGACCUGAUGGACAGUGCCAUGUUGGGCGGCCCCUGCCCCCCCAGCAGUAACUCGGGCAUCAGCGCCACGUGCUACGGGGGCGGCGGGCGCAUGGAGGGGCCGCCCCCCACCUACAGCGAGGUCAUCGGGCACUACCCCGGGUCCCCCUCGUUCCAGCACCAGCAGAGCAGCGGGCCACCCUCCUUGCUGGAGGGGACCCGGCUCCCCCACGCACACCUCGCCCCCCUGGAGAGCUCACCCGCCUGGAGCAAAGAGAAAGAUAAACAGAAAGGACACCCUCUCUAGGAAUGCCGGGGCCGGGGCCGGG